UUUCGCCCAUUUGUUGGCUACAAAGAAGUGAGACUCGUAAGCAAGGAAUCAAGACAUCCUGGAGGUGAACCUUUGGUACUUUGUUUUGUUGAUUUUAUGAGCCCUGCCCAUGCAGCCACUGCUAUGGAUGCCUUGCAAGUUUUCUAGUGUGAGUCAUGGAGAUAGAUAAUAGUACUGCUGCAAAGAUUGAGCAGGAAGAUGAGCGCUCUGUCAUUAAGCAAGUGGAGUUGACAGUGCCAAAAACUGAUGACCCUACCUUGCCGGUGUUCACAUUCCGAAUGUGGGUUCUGGGUUUGGUCUCAUGUGUCCUUCUCUCCUUUGUGAACCAGUUUUUCUGGUACAGGACUCAGCCGUUGUCUGUGACAUCCAUCAGUGCACAGAUUGCUGUGGUGCCAGUCGGACAUCUCAUGGCGAGAGUGCUACCCACACACCGUUUUUUCCAAGGUACUCGGUUUGAGUUCACCAUGAAUCCGGGGCCUUUUAAUGUCAAGGAACAUGUUUUGAUCACUAUAUUUGCGAAUUGUGGGGCUGGAACUGUUUAUGCUACUCAUAUCUUGACUGCUGUUAAGAUCUUCUACAAGAGGAAGCUCACUUUUCUUCCUGCCUUUAUUGUUAUGCUCACCACUCAGGUGCUGGGGUUUGGUUGGGCUGGAAUUUUCAGAAAAUAUCUGGUUGAGCCAGAGAAGAUGUGGUGGCCCGGUAAUCUGGUUCAGGUUUCAUUGUUCAGUGCUCUGCAUGAGAAGAGCAAAAGGCCUAAAGGAAGCGUGACUCGUACCCAGUUCUUCCUCCUAGUGAUGAUUGCUAGUUUUGCAUACUAUAUCUUCCCCGGCUAUCUUCUCAUUAUGCUAACGUCUCUCUCUUGGGUGUGUUGGAUUCGACCCAAUUCUAUUCUAGUUAACCAGCUGGGUUCUGGCAUGAAUGGCCUUGGAAUCGGUUCUUUUGGGAUUGACUGGUCUACUAUUUCAGCAUAUCUUGGUACUCCUUUGGCUAGCCCAUGGUUCGCCUCGGCCAACAUUGCUGUUGGAUUUUUCUUUGUCAUGUAUGUGAUAUCACCCAUCGCGUACUGGUCUAAUAUCUACGGUGCCAAGACAUUCCCCAUAUUUUCUAGCCAUUUGUUCAUGGCUAAUGGUUCAAGAUACGAGGUCCUCGAUAUCAUUGGUUCCAGUUUUCAACUUGAUCGCGGUGAAUAUGCAAAGAAAGGGCCUCUGCAUAUGAGCACCUUUUUCGCUUUUACUUAUGGUCUUGGAUUUGCUGCACUUUCUGCUACAAUUAUGCAUGUUCUACUUUUUCAUGCAAGGGAUAUACUGGACUCGUUUCAUGGAAAUAAGAAAAAGGAUGUCCAUGCAAGGCUUAUGAAGAAUUACAAAUCGGUGCCAACAUUGUGGUUUAUCCUCAUCCUUGCGAUCAAUAUUGCUCUUAUCCUGUUUGCUUCUGUGUAUUACAAGGAGUCACUUCAAUUGCCUUGGUGGGGUGCAUUGCUUGCUUGUCUCAUGGCCUUUUCUUUCACAUACCCAAUCGGUGUCAUCUAUGCCACAACAAACAUGGAACCGGGUUUGAAUAUUAUCACUGAAUAUGUGAUUGGAUACCUUUACCCUGAGCAUCCUGUAGCCAACAUGUGCUUCAAAGUGUAUGGUUACAUAAGCAUGACACAAGCUCUAUCAUUUGUGUCGGAUUUUAAGCUCGGUCACUACAUGAAGAUUCCGCCAAGAGCAAUGUUCACAGUACAGAUGGUAGGAACUGUUGUAGCAGUGGUUGUAUACCAGUGCACAGCAUGGUGGCUGAUGGCAGACAUUCCCAACCUCUGUGAUACCUCCCUGCUGCCAGCGGAUAGCCCUUGGACCUGUCCAAUGGACCGUGUGUUCUUUGAUGCGUCUGUUAUCUGGGGUCUCGUUGGACCCCGCAGAAUUUUUGGAAACCUCGGUGAAUACAGUAACAUCAACUGGUUUUUCCUUGGUGGCGCCAUUGCCCCGGUUCUUGUUUGGCUUGCGCACUGGACUUUCCCCAAACAAAAAUGGAUUCUUGCUGUUAACAUGCCUGUCUUGCUAGGUGCCACAGGAAUGAUGCCCCCUGCCACUGCUAUAAACUUUACAAGUUGGAUAUUUUUGGCAUUUGUUUCGGGUUUUGUUGUCUUCAGGUACCGGCAAGAUUUGUGGAAGAAGUACAACUAUGUUGUCUCUGGUGGUCUUGAUGCCGGAACUGCCUUUGUUACGAUAUUGGUGUUCCUUACCUUGCAGUCCCGGAACAUUAAUCUCGACUGGUGGGGGAAUAAAGGAGAGCCCUGCCCCUUGGCUACAUGCCCUACCGCCAAAGGGGUUGUAGUUGCUAACUGCCCGGUCCUCUGAGAGGAAAUUUCAUAUUUUAGAUCUUUUCGAAGAAACAAUCUUUACUUUAGUCUGUAAAUUGCUUGUCUGUAAUUCUUCUAUAGGCAGCUUUUAUCUAGAUUUCAUAUGUGAUGACGAAGAACUGUAGGGGCAUGUAUUGUAGAGAUGUGUUUGAAUAUAUGACACUACAUAUUUCUAU